GGAGUGGUUUGUUUGUGAGGAGAAGAAAAGCUAACGGGAAAGGGAAAGGGAANNAGAUAAGACCCACCAAAUUGAUAACGUUACCCUUCCCUUCUUUUUCUGAUUAUUAUUAUGUUGUUUAAGUAUGGCAUCAGCUGUCACCCCCGCGCAUGUUAGCAACAUCAAACCCUUGCAGUGUUCCAGUCGUAAGGCGAAGCGUUGUGUGAGGUGUGAAGUGUCAGCGCCAUCAUGGAGGGAAGGCCGGCGCACGGUGUCCAUCUCUCUACUUCUCUCCCACUUCCUUCUCAUUCCUAACCGAGCUGCUGCUGAAGGAAGUUUUAUGGACAAAUAUGUUAAGAGAAAAAAGUUAGAUCCUCUGGAGGCUUAUGUACCAGCUGUAAUACUCACACAGUUCCAGAUCAAGGACUUGGAGAAAACUUUAGAGGGCAAUGAACCCCAAUUUGCCCUCUGCCGGUCUUUUCUUCGCUCUGGGCCUGCAGCAUCUCUUCGUAUAAAUAUUCGAGCAGUUGCGCAAUAUGCUUCUGACAGUGGCAAUGGUAAAACUGCAUUCAACAGUGUUGAUGAAUGUCUGAGGUCACUGGAGGAACUUGAUUCCUUGCUUCUACGUGCAUCACGUAAUGAUCCUGAAGCCUCAGUCAAAUCAAUGAAGGCAAAAGUCAAAUCUGCCCUUAUCGCUCUGGACAGCCUCUUACAAACAGUACCAUCGGAUGUGCUGAGUAAGGGAAAAGUUGUAGCUGAUUCAUACCUGGACCGCGAAGAGGUGGAAACAGAGAGCUCGGACCCUGAUUUAAAACAAUUAGAAUCAAUACUAUGAAUAGCUAACGUGCAUACAGUUAACACUAUGUGUAUCAAAAUAAAUAUAUGUAAUUUAUCUAUCUCUUUUUUAAACUUGGACGAGUUGCUUAUCUUUUUUCUAUUUAAGAGCCAGUAAUAUGAAA